UGUUAUUUCGAUUGCAUAUGCUAAAAUAAUUAUUUUUAAAUUAGCCAGUUGUGCCUUUUUAAGCCUCGCUCUUCUUUCCUCCAUUUUUAACUCUAGCUUUUCACACUGUCUUCCUACGCAGGAAAGACAUGUCUGCGGAAAUCUCGGAAAAAGAGACACCUCCUGUAACUAUUGUACAACCUGAUACUUUGUAUAAAACCAUUUUUGAAAUGUCGAAUUCUCCAAACUACUCGCCGGUCGCCUCCACCGACAUCACAAAGCAUCAACGAGACGGUAGUCUAGAUGUGUACAUGCAAAUGAUGGAUGGACGAAAGCAUAUAAAAUCAGUCGCAUCAGACGACGAUGAGGAGGAAGACAGUUCUUGGAGCUCCUCAAGCGAAGAGAAACGCCCGGAAAGGAACCCACCUGGAAGUGUAGUGUUCCAGUACUAUUCUCCCACUGAUAAGGUCGAUAACUCCGAAUUUCACGGCAAAAAUGCUAGCCAGGAAAGUCUGUUAGAGAUGCAAGAUCGCAGAAGUACAAGCAACCUGCUUGGUGGUGCUCGCCAUUAUGAAGAUGAUGACGAAGACGACAACGCCGACCGUCCGGAUGCAUGGUUGAACGAUAACCUGGAGAAUGGAAGGAGUGGGAAAAGUUCCAAAACGCCGAUCAAAUGGACAUGCACUGGAUUCUUUGUUGUGCUUAUAGUGGGAUGGAUGGCAUGGGCUUUUGUUCUGCUCAUCAUGCCUCAACAAGGAGAAGAGCUAACUUCGUCUGGCAACCAUAUUGAAUUCAAUGAUGUGUUCAAUUCUUCUUUCAGGCCGUCUCGCCCUAGCCUGGUUUGGGUUCAAAACUCGCAACAAGAUGGUGUUUUUACAUAUGUUCAGCCCAAUACUGGCGACAUUAUCCUAGAAUCUGUUGAAGAUCAAGUUAGAAGCACGUUUGUCAAAGCAGACGAACUUCAAAUCAACAACAAAUCAGUGACAGUGGACAACUACUUGAUAUCUGCCGAUACAGAGUAUUUGAUGAUCUGGACAAAUAGGACCAAACAAUUCCGCCAUUCUUAUUUCUCAAACGUUUAUAUUUUCGACCUGAUUGAACGCACCCUUACCCCUCUGAAUGAUGCCAGCAAUAUUGAUGAGGAACCACAAAUCUCAUAUGCUGUAUGGAGUCCAAAAGGUCAUAGUGUUGCUUAUGUCAUGAACAAUGACCUGUACGUCACUGACCUGGUGAAGCACACACGCAUCACUUUUGAUGGUACCGCAACUAUCUUCAACGGUGUUCCGGAUUGGGUCUACGAAGAGGAAGUCUUCGGCACCAACUUCGCUACCUGGUGGUCUCCCGAUGCGACUCAUAUUGCCUACCUUAGAUUCAAUGAAACUGAAGUUCCCGAAUUUAAGCUACCUCUCUAUGCCAAAUCCAACGAUUCAUAUCCGCAAGAGCUUGUUAUCAAGUAUCCAAAGGCUGGCUAUCCCAAUCCCACCGUGUCGUUGCACGUAUACUCAUUAGCCGACGACACCUCUGUGAUGGUCAAUCAAAAUUCAACUUCUGUUGGAAUUGCUGCUGUGGACGAUGAGGUUGUUGAUUUUGCAGAUAACGACCGUUUGAUCACUCAAGUUGUAUGGACCACUACAACUCACGAUCACCUUGUUUACAAACAAACAAAUCGCGUACAAGACCAUGAGAAGACGAUCACUGUCUCUCUACCAACCACCGGUAAAACAACAGCCACAGCAAUGACAUCGAAGGUAUCGAAGGAAUACAAGCCUGAAGAUGGAGGCUGGGUAGAAGUAAAUCAGGAUAUCAAAUUCUUUGGACCACAAGACAAAGACGAUACGCCAAAAUACAUCGACAUCGCUGACAACGGAGAUGGUUAUAUGCACUUGGCAUUGUACGCUGUUAAUGGAAGCAAUGAACCAGUUUGGCUCACCACUGGAGAUUGGGAGGUUAUCAGCGGCACAGUUGUCGUGGACAGUGUGAACCGUUUGAUCCAUUACAUUUCUACCGAAGUGUCACCUUUGGAGAGACAUCUCUAUAUGCUCAACAUCUCUGACACGGAUGAUAUUACUAAGCAUUGCAUAACCUGCUUUGAAGAUGAGGAAGUCCAUGGAUAUUACUCUGCAUCGUUCUCACCAAAAGCCGGAUAUUACGUCCUGAACUACGAAGGACCAGAAGUCCCCACUACCGUCGUCAACAAGGUUGGAGAUAGCAAUUUCAGCAAAGUCCUUGAGAACAACACCGCUCUUGUCGAGCUAUUGAAGCAAUAUAGCCUUCCCAAAUCUCGCAUGGUCACCGUUAAAAGCGGUGGUGUUGAUAUGAAUGCCAUCGAAAUUUUGCCUCCGGACUUUGACCCGGCACAGCGAUACCCUGUGGUCUUCCGUGUAUAUGGCGGUCCAGGAUCUCAAAUGGCUUCUUACCGAUUCCAGCUGGACUGGCACACAUUUAUCGCAAGCAAACUGAGAUACAUCGUUGUUAUGGCUGAUGGUCGUGGCACCGGUUUCAGAGGCCGCAAAUACAGAGUAGGAGUUCGAGGUCGCCUUGGCGAGUUGGAAACCAUUGAUCAAGUCAAUGCUGGCAGGCACUGGGCAAGUCUUGACUACGUUGACCCUACACGACUUGCUAUCUGGGGAUGGUCUUAUGGAGGAUUCAUGACGAGCAAGGUCGUUGAAGCCGACGACGGCGUCUUUUCCGUUGGAAUGGCCGUUGCUCCCGUCACUGAUUGGAAAUUCUAUGAUUCCAUCUACACUGAACGCUACAUGCUUACCCCCCAACUUAAUGCUGAUGGCUACCAACGAAGUGCAGUCAAUAAUAUGACGGGCUUCAAUCACACCAACUAUCUCCUUGUUCAUGGAACAGGCGAUGAUAAUGUUCAUUUCCAAAAUGCCGCUGCGCUGAUUGAUCGCCUUACAAUGGCUUCGGUUCAUAAUUACCGAGUCCAAUUUUAUACUGACAGCGACCAUUCUAUCAAUACCCACAACGCCAACCGAGAAAUCUAUUGGCUUUUGACAGACUAUGUUUGGGAAGGGUUUGGUGGAGAGGAAUACGACCAUGUUCGACGAGAAACGCAUGGACAAGUUAUUGGCCCGGUAGGCAGCCAUUGAAUAGAAAAAACCUUCACUCAUCUUGCAUCGAAUUGAGUUUUGAUUCUCAGUUACAAAAAUGACUCAGACUGCAAUCAAAUUUGAAAUAAAAAUUGGCAGAAUUAUCUCGCUUCCAUCUUUAACUCC